AUGUCUCUACUAUUGGGGAGUUCAAGAUUACUAGGUGUGUGCGGAUACACCGCAUUUGUAAAACGUAUUUCCACUUGGUUUCUCGGCCAUCGCCAGCCCGUUGGCGCCAUGAUAUUUGCGUGGUUAGACAAAUAUCACCCGAGAAGUGCAUUCAUUGCCGCCCAGGAAUUAAUGACUAUAAUCCCGAUUAAACUAUCUAUUAAGACGCUCCGUUUGAUACGGACGACGCAUUCAAGUCUCCCGGCUGGCGUUACACUGGUAAGGUCCGGCAUGCCCCCUCCUUUUCGACUCUUUGGGCCCCUUCGUAUACUCACCCUUCACCCAAGAAUAUUUCUUGCCAGCGCGGGCUCUGCGGGGUACAUCCCCGGUGUCCUAGCUCACGUUGUCCUAGAGUUCGCUGCGCAUUCGGAUAUGCGGUAUAGAUUUCAGUCGUGUAUGCACCUCCGGGUAUCAGCAAUCACGAUGAUACAAGGAGGCGGUAACGACAGUGGGAGGGCCCAGAAAUCCUGGGACCCUUCAAGCCGGUUCGACUAG